AUGCAUGUGGGAAUAAUUGGCGCAGGCAUUUCAGGCCUUUAUACAGCUCUGUUGUUACGCCGAGAAGGUCACAAAGUGACAAUUUUCGAGGCGGCUGAUCGAGUUGGCGGUCGCAUCUACACCUAUCGAUUUACGCCGCAGGCCAAAUCGGAAGACAUUUACUUUGAAGCUGGCGCCAUGCGCAUCCCCCGCUCCUCUUUACAUUCAAAGGUGUUUGAUUUUGUUCGUUAUCUCAAUACGCAUGGUUUUGCUGGAGAUAAGAUUGAACUUAUUCCAUAUGUUCUCGAUCAUGAGAACAACAGAUCUUUUUUCCAGAACCAAAAGGGUGCGUUACAAGAUAGUAAAUGGGCAGCUGAGGCUGGUCUUCCUGAAGCCUAUUGCAACAAGACCCCUCAACAACUUCUUGGAAGCGUUGUUCUCCCCUGGCUAUCUAUACUUCGCAAAGACUUUGAUACUGGGUUUGAAAAAUUGCUGAAAUACGAUGAAUACUCCUUCCGGGCAUAUCUCCGUCUAGUUGUUGGAUGGCCCCACGAGGUCAUAGAGUUUGUCGAGCUUUUCUGCUCUCAAACUAACCAAUAUGAUCUAAGCUUUACGGAGAUCAUAAUGCAGAACUUGGACUUUGAUACCAAAGAUUGGGCAACUGUUCGAGACGGCAUGUCACGCAUCACUCAAUGUGCUGCUUCAUUGCUUGGCUCAAAGAACAUUCGCCUAAACUCGCGAGUAGAUCGCAUUACCAAUCUAGAUAAUGGAAAGGUCCAGUUGUCAGCGCAAGGCCUUCAUCAGACUUACACUGCUAUUUUCGACAAAGUAGUUGUUGCAACACCGCCCUCUGCUCUUCACAGCAUUGUAGACCGCCCCAGUUGGUCUUUCAUGAAAGAACAGUCCAUUCGAGGGGCUCACUACGAACCUCUGUACAAAAUUGGCCUGCACUUUCGAACCCGCUUCUGGGAACGCUCCAGUGCCAACCCGUGUUUUGGCGGCCAGAGCACAACUGAUUUGCGCUUCCGUUGGAUUGUUUAUCCAUCCAACGACCUUGGCAGCAACGGCUCUGGCGUUUUGUUGCUUUACAGCUGGAUGAGCGAUGCUGCCAAGUGGACUGGGUUAUCACGCCCAGAAAGAAUCAAGAUAUGCUUGCAUGAUCUUAGUAAAUACUUUGCUGAUGAGCUUGAAAUUGAUGUCUAUGAGCAAUUCAUCGAGGCUUUUGACAUAACGUGGUCGGCCGAGUCAUGCGGUGGAGACGCCAUGUUCCUCCCCGGUCAGUUCUCACGCUUCUUUGAAGUAGCGAAAAAGCCAGAGGGUAACAUUUUUUUCGCUGGAGAACAUCUAUCAAAGCACCACACAUGGAUUGCAGGAGCUAUAGAUUCCGCUUUGAACACAACCGCCGAACUUCUAGGCCGUCAGAACAAACCUGAAAGUGUUGGCUCAGACGUUGACUCCGGCGUCCCACUAUUGGCUCUUGGUCGUGAAUUUUUAACUCUGGACGAUCAGCGACGUGCUCAAAAGACUGAUAUCAGCUCUCGCAGAUUCAAGGCCUGCGUAAUUCCAAAACACAUGAAUGUGCAGUAUAUGGAGGUCUUUUAG